UGCACCAAAAAUAUCCCAAAAGUUACCAACCACUGGCUCUUAUUAUACCGGUGCGAACCCAUUGGGUUGAUACACUGGGCUAUAGCUGGAAAGGUAGCUAAGAUUUGAGCACAUAAGUGAUCCAUAUUAGAAAAGCGUAACAAGUUAAUUCAGAUUCCGUUUAGUCCGACUAUAAUUCAAAUUCCGUUUAGUCCGACUAUAAUUUAAGUAUAUUUGUUUUCCGUUAGUUACAAGAUGGCCAUUGUUUUGUGUUCUUUCUAACCCCGAACCUAACCUCAAAUUGUUAUACAGCCGUGUGAUCGCGGAAAUUUAGAUUGCGAUACUCUAGGUUAUGACACGGUUUAGUUUUAUAGGUGGUUACCAACGUGUCGGGAGAACCAUCAGCCUCGCUCUUUCGUUAUUUUGUGAACUCAAAAUAGUUAUAUUGAUGAAGAAAUGCUUAUUGGGUAGAUACGUGAUGGAUAGAUAGUACGAAGAAAUGUAAUAUUAAUUCAUAUGUUUUUAUACAACGAAAUAACCAUGAAUUUAUUGUGGUCGUGUUUGAAUUAUUCUGCAACAUUAUACCCAAAGUGGAUGGAUCAUAUGUUUGCAAUUUCUAGUAAUGUUUCUGUAUGCCAAUGAUGUCAAAUGAAGAAACAUUAUCACCUAAUGUAACUUGUGUUGAAGACGACAGUGUAGUUGUUAUGCAUAUAAACAUAAAGCAAGAGCCCCAUGUGGAAGAAGAGUAUCAGCAGUUAGAGACAGACCCACUCAUGACACCACAGGAAGCCCACAGAGCUGCAUUUGAUCACAUUGAGCAAUGCACUGAUGGACCUGAAAAGCACAUUGAGGUCCAUGGGCACCCUCUUGAACCAGAAGUCAUCAUAAAUGUUAAACAGGAGCCUCAGCAUAUGGGUUGUGAUGAAUCUCAGAGAGUGGCAAAUAUCAGAGGUGAAAGCAGUAGCAACGCAACCACUAAUGACACUGUACAGAAGGAAACAACUGUAAAGAAAAAGAAGAAGAAAUCAAAAUUACCACUGGAGAAGAACUAUAUAUGUACUGUAUGUAACAAGGCAUUUGCUCUACCAUACCUGUUGAGGAAGCACAGCACUAUACAUUCAGGAGUGAAACCUUAUGAAUGUGCAGUGUGUAAGAAACAUUUUCUGCAGAAAGCUCAUCUUGACAGACACCAAGUUGUGCACACAGGCGAGCGACAUCAUUGUAGUGUGUGUAGCAAAUCAUUCUCACAGUUAAGUACCAUGCACCAGCACAUGAGGUUACACACUGGUGAACAAGUUCACCAAUGUCCUGACUGCCAUAAAUUUUUCCCUGUGAAAGCAAAACUUGAUCAGCAUUCUAUAGUGCACACUGGUCAGAAAAUAUAUCAGUGCACACUGUGCAAAAAGUUAUUUAAGUACAAGGUUGCACUUGACCGACACAUAAAAAUGCACAACAGAGAUGGACAUCUGUGCUCCAUUUGUAACAAAGUAUUUGCUACACAGAGCCACUUGGAACGUCAUGUUAGAGUGCAUACAGGUGAAAAACCGUUCAAUUGUGAAGUUUGUGGCAGAGCCUUCAGUAGCAAGUACAAUUACCAGCAACAUCUUGUAGUUCAUAGUGGUGAGAAACCAUUUAUUUGUAACAUCUGUAACAAAGCUUAUACCAAACGUAGCAAAUUGAAGAAUCACAUUCAUGUUCAUCAUACGGAGAAAAUAUAUGCAUGCCCAUUUUGUCAGUUGAAGUUCCCUUCACAGUUAUCACUUGAACGCCAUGUACUAUAUUUACAUAAUUUAGGAGAUCCUGCAAAAUUCAGAAAUUUACCACCAGAUUUUGAUGAAGUAGGAAGCAGCAAUAUGGUAAAAUACUCAACAGGAAACGAAGGAAACCCAGUAUAAUUUAAAUAUAAUUCUUAUUAAUUUUAGCAGUUUUGUACAUCAAUAUCACAUUUGUAUAAAAUGCCAUUCAGGUAUUUUAAAUUUAAGAACUAAAUGUGAUUGAAGUACAGUUAAAUAAUUUUGUUUCAUUUUUAUAGAGUUCUUGUUAGGUGAAAUUGAUUUGUGGACCAUUCUGGAAUUACUUUCACUAUACAGAAUCUUACAUGUUCAAAUGUGAAUAAGAAAAAACAAACCUCUGCCAAUGGAAAUUCUCAUGGAUUCUUGUAUCAUGUGUUAAGGGAAAAGUCUCACAUUUUAUAAUACAUUGCCUUCAUUGUCUGGAAACAUACUUGUAUAACAGUGGCAACUAAUCUGAGUGACUGAAUUCAGUUUCAGGUCUCUCCUAACGGUAGUGUACCACAACCAACAGUGUCGCCUGUUGCGUAAUCAUUCACAGACCAGUAUUGUAGUAGAAAUAUCUUUUUUUAAUCAGCUGUUAAUGGCAAGAUAAACUGCUUGUGUAGUACCAUGAUUAGUGGUGUUGCAGUGAGUCAUUCUCAAGUUUCCUGUUCAGUGAUUCAUUUUUAUGGAUUGCAUACCCUGGUUCCAGUCAGCUCAUAAACAAAAUAAAACUCUGAAGAGAUUCAUGCAGUCCCAUGCACUGCUUCUGCUCAGCUCAUGUCAUGAAAUGAACUGUUGUGUUAUUAGAUGAGAGUAUUAAAUUUCCCAUAUCUUGCCAAGAGGGAUGGCUGGUCAUAUGAAUAAAAGUAUAUGAUUUUAUUCUAGAAGUCAGCAUGAUUAUGCCCUGUAUGAACUAGCUCCAUGGAUUUUAAUAGAAGGCAUUCUGGUCUGUCACACUGUUUGGCCAAUCAAGUUAACAACAUUGAGUGUGUUCAAUUUGGUUAAGUUACAUAAAUAUCUUUAUAUGUUUUUUUUUUGAGAGACCAUCAUCAGAAUCUGCUCCACACAUGAGAAAGUGCUUUACAGUUAUAAAGGUCAGCUGUUCACCAAUUCUACUCCCAUAGAGUCGAUUAAUUACAUUAAAAAUGGAAGUUAUUCAGUACAUCAGUUUUUGAUUUUGUAGUGUACAUCUACAUAAUGAAGAGUUCUGUCAUUAGCGACGUAACAGCUGUAGCCUGGUGAAAGUAAACUGGCAUUUUGGAGUUACUUACCAUUUCAUCUUCAGGGUUGAAAAGUAAGCCAAGCAAGAAACCAGCAUGAAGCAGGUGGAUAACAGAGCUCUUGGUUGGCUUACUUUUCAACCCUGAAAAUGGAGGCAGUAUUCUUCUCUGAAAUGUCAGUUGACUUCCACAGGACUAUUUAGUGUUAUGGUCCAAAUGACAAAACUUCAUUGCCGCUGCUGUUAAAAUCUCAAAUCUGACACAGCAGUUCGUAUAGAUAAGUACCUGCAAAAUCAACUAAAUUACAAUUUUGCUUUCUCAUCGAAAGGAACCCACAUAUAUCCUGGUAACGCAGCAAGUAAUUAAUGGGCUCUCUGUAUUGAUGAAUCAAUUUAUUGGACAAUCACCAAGCGGAUCUGCAAGUACUUAUAACACUUCAAAAGGUUACUUGAACAAUAACACACAAAGUCUUCAACACUUCUACUCUUAGAUGCUCCUUGUAUGAAUUUGGUGAGCAGGUCUGUACCCAGUCUGUUCUCUUCUGUAUUGUUCUUUGACUGGGCUCCUACUACUUGGUAGGACUCUUCAGUGUCUGAUCUUGUAGUCUGUUUCUCCCUGAGGUAGGUUUUGGUUGAACCGUAUAGAGAUUACCAUCUCCAAUGGUUCCUACUUCACAUAUCUUUUGUUGAUGUGCAGACAACUUUUACCUAUCCGUUGUAAUGGAAACGUUUCUAUAUA